ACCCGGCUCCGGGCCAUGGCCGGGACAGGGCGGCUGGCGCUGCGGACGUUGCCUGGGCAGGGCUGGGUGCGGGGCUCAGGCCCGGCCGUGCUGAGCCGCCUGCGGGACGCGGCCGUGGUGCGGCCUGGCUUCCUAAGCGCGGCCGAGGAGGAGACGCUGAGCCGCGAGCUGGAGGCAGACCUGCGUCGACGCCGCUACGAAUACGAUCACUGGGACGCGGCCAUCCACGGCUUCCGAGAGACCGAGAAGUCGCGCUGGUCGGAGGCAAGCCAGGGCAUCCUGCAGCGCGUGCGGGAGGCCGCCUUUGACCCGGGGCAGGCCCUGCUCCCCCGGGUGCACGUGCUAGACCUGGAACCGCGGGGCUACAUCAAGCCGCACGUGGACAGCGUCAAGUUCUGCGGAGCCACCAUCGCCGGCCUGUCCUUGCUGUCCCCCAGCGUCAUGCGGCUGGUGCACACUCAGGAGCCCGCAGACUGGCUGGAACUCUUGCUAGAGCCAGGCUCCCUCUACAUCCUUAGGGGCUCCGCCCGGUAUGACUUCUCCCACGAGAUCCUUCGGGAUGAAGACUCCUUUUUUGGGGAGCGCCGGAUUCCCCGGGCCCGACGCAUCUCCGUGAUCUGCCGCUCAGCCCCUGAGGAUAUGGGGCCAGAAGAGCCCAGACAGCCCCCCGCAGCCAGCUGACCCUUCCUCCCACCUGUCAAGGACGCUGUGCAAAUAAAGUUGGAGAAGCGACCACCACGCCCCCGUUUGCUGGGGCUGGAGUUUGCAGGGGAAUCCCGGGUCCCACCUGCCCAUUGGGAGUGGAGGUGGCAAGUCUCACGUCGGCUGAACACAGGGUCCCAGGCCAAGAGAGCACUUCCUUUAUUGUACCGACUGCUGGCCGCCCAGCCCACCUCCCCUCCUCCGCACCCGAGACUCCAAUAAGUGAGCGGGGCUCCUGGCACCAGCUGGGUUCUCUCAUUCGCAGCCGCAGGCGGCCGCUGAGAGCUGGACCAGCCGCUGCCAGCGGUGGCUGUCGUCGAGGAAGGCCACAUCGGCGUAGCGGGUGGGCCGGCAGCAAGGCCCACUGUGGGCGCGACCCUGGCCCCGCAGCCAGGCCAGCGUCAGGCCGUGCUGGGUGCGGGCGCCGUGGGGGCAGCUGCCGGCGCAGUAGCGGAAGACCACCCUCUCCUCCGAGGCGUAGCCCAGGCCCAGCUCGGCCACCGGCAGGGUCAGGCUCCACAGCCGGCACGGGCUGGCCGUGGCUCGGCGCAGGCGGGCGAGGGGGUGGCCGGUGCCUGGGGGGAGAUAGGGCAGCUGACAGCAGGCAGGGCCUGGGCAGGCAGCAGCUGGGGAUCAGAUGGGGAACUCGGGGUCCUUACCCAGCCACGGCCUCUGGGUCCCUCCGGUCCCUGCUACAUGCUCAGUCCAGAACUCACCAGACUCCGCCACCGGGGACCCCAGAGCAGCGGGGCCCCAGCUGAGGCCUAGUAGCAGCCACAGGAGCAGGAGACAGUGGAACAGGCCUCCUGGGGCCAUGGUGACAGGCAGGUCCUGAGGGCAGGGAGUCCCCGCCCUCAAUUUAU